AAGGGAACAGCUGGUGUUAAAAGAAAAUUGGGGUUGGUUGAUUACUUAGCAGGCGAUAUGGGCAAGCAGGUGAGCUUUCGCGACGAAGUCUUGUUGCCUAUUGCACAAAGCAAGGUUUGCAUCCGAAAUGGAGUUCGAUGGAAGGUGGGGAAUGGGCUUCAGAUAAGCUUAUGGUAUGACUGGUGGGUUGGCUCGGGCCCCUUUGAUAGACAAGGUAAUCGCAGCGCUGAUUGCCUUGCGUCUUUGGCACAGGACUCUGGUAUGGGGGUGACUUUCCUUGACUCUCCUCCGCCGGCACUGCUUCCAUUAUGGACGGCUGACCUACUUGGAGAAUCCUCCACUUGA